UACCUCAGAGGAGACCGUGUGUAGGUUAUUGAACGCGUUACGAGUGAACAGCUCCCUUGUCGGUCGGUUGUUUUUUGAGAGAACAUCGCAAGCAGUGAAGAAUGUUUUCUGCCCGUGUCGCGCGCGCUCACACACGCGCGCACGCAUACAUGUACAGAGCGGCCAGCGCGCGAAAGAAGUGAACCGCAUCCGUCGAAGCUGCAGCAUCGGAGUCACACGGAUAUCCUCACUCGGAUUGCUUUUACAUACCAGGACUCGCCCUCCACCGCCUCACCUAUGCGGUUUUCACAUACGGAUGCAACUCCUCACCUGCUCGGAUUAUAUGCGGCUGUUACAAUUACAUUCGCAAUAGCGGUUGUCUCAAAUCAGAGAGCGCGCACCUCUGCGUAACGCACAGCCGGUGGAUUGUGAUGUGCGCAUUUGGUGGUGUGUAGUGGAGGUUAAAGUAAGGAUUUGAUCGGACAGGAUUUGGUAAGAACCCGUAAAAAGGGUAGGAGCUUAGUUUAUAACCCCUGCGACUGGACACCUGGUUUUACGCAUCAUUUCUACUCUCGAGAUCUAGUGCGCGAGAGGCUGUAGUAUUGCAUGUCAUGUUUUUUCUCUUUGACUGAUCGCGGCAUCCAAGAGAACCCUAGAGAUUGCGAUGCCAGGACAGUAAGAAGGUGGGUCUCAGUUGUUCGGUAGCAUGGCUCCGUCCAGGAGGGACUGCAGAUGUGACAUGAUCUUUUUGUCGGGCUGCCUACUCCUGUCCGUAUUGGGAUUUCAACCUGCAUUGGCGAAGGUCUGCAACGAUUACACAAGGCACAGCCUGGACAACAACUGGUACACGAAAGAUGGUGAGAAGUUGCCCAUCAUGGUCCUGAUGCCGAUGAAUGAAUCAGCGCUGAUGAGCAGCAUCAGUCAAGGCAUCGAGCCGGCCGUUCAGUUGGCCAUCCAGCACAUCCGCGAGUCCAGGCAGUACUCCUUCUCGCUCAUCACCAAAAUCUACGACACGGAGUGUGACAACGCAAAGGGAUUGCGGGCCUUCUUUGAUGCGAUCUGCUAUGGUCCAAAACAUUUGAUGAUCUUUGGAGGAGUGUGUCCGUCAGUGACUUCAAUCAUUGCUGAAUCGUUGGAGGGGUGGAACCUCGUGCAGCUUUCUUUUGCAGCUACAACUCCUGUCCUGGCAGACAGGAAAAAAUAUCCAAAUUUCUUCAGGACCGUCCCAUCAGACAAUGCUGUGAACCCUGCUGUGGUGAAGUUUCUCAACUAUUACAACUGGAGCAGAGUGGGAACCCUGACCCAGGAUGUCCAGCGCUUUUCUGAGGUGCGGAAUGAUUUGACCAAUGAGCUGGAGAAGGCAGACAUCCAGAUUGCAGACACUGAGAGUUUCUCUAAUGAUCCAUGUGUGAAUGUGAAAAAGCUGAAGGAUAAUGAUGUUCGGAUCAUCAUCGGUCAGUUUGAUGAGAAUCUGGCCUCUAAAGUCUUCUGCUGUGCCUACAACCUGAACAUGUAUGGCAGUAAGUACCAGUGGAUCAUCCCAGGAUGGUACCAGGGGAACUGGUGGGAACAGGCGAACUCCACAAACUGCACCACUAAGAAGCUGCUGACAGCCAUGGAGGGCUAUAUCAGUGUGGACUUUGAGCCUCUCAGUGCCAAAAAGAUUAAAGGAAUAUCAGGAAGAACGCCACAGGAGUACGAGAGGGAGUACAACCGCGAGCGAGAGCAGAAAGGAGUGGAGGCCAGCAAGUUCCACGGCUUUGCCUACGAUGGCAUCUGGGUGAUUGCGAAGACCCUCACACGCGUAAUGGAGCUGCUAAGACACAAGGACAGGCACGACAUGUACCACAACUUUACGGUGGAUGACCGCGAGGUGGGCAAAAUGGUCUUGGACGUGAUGAACGAAACCAACUUCUUUGGGGUGACGGGUCAGGUGAUGUUCAGGAACGGGGAACGUAUGGGAACCAUAAAAUUCACCCAGUUUCAAGAGGGUCAAGAGGUGAAGGUGGGCGAGUACAAUGCCAUUGCAGAUGUACUGGACCUCAUCAACAACACCAUCAGGUUCCAAGGUGUUGAGCCGCCCAAGGAUCGGACGUUUGUGCGUCUGCAGCGCCGGCAAAUAAAUGUCCCCCUCUACAGCAUCCUGUCUACCAUCACUAUCCUGGGCAUGCUCAUGGCAGGAGCCUUUCUCUUCUUUAACAUCAAAAACCGCAACCACAGGCUGAUCAAAAUGUCGAGUCCCUAUAUGAACAACCUGAUCAUUCUGGGGGGCUUGCUGUCGUAUGCCUCCAUUUUCCUCUUUGGUCUGGAUGGAUCUUUUGUGUCAGACAAGGAAUUUGAGACCCUCUGUACUGUCCGUACAUGGAUCCUGAUUGUGGGUUACACAACAGCGUUUGGCGCCAUGUUUGCAAAGACCUGGAGAGUGCACGCUAUCUUCAAGAAUGUAAAGAUGAAGAAAAAGAUUAUCAAGGACCAGAAGCUCUUUAUCAUCGUGGGUGGGAUGUUGCUGAUUGAUUUGUGCAUCCUCAUAUGCUGGCAGAUCGUGGAUCCCCUGAAAAGAACUGUGGAAGAGUACAGCUUGGAGGCGGAUCCUCAGGGACGAGACAUUGCAAUCCGGCCCUUCCUGGAGCACUGCGAGAACACGCACAUGACCAUUUGGCUAGGGAUUGUCUAUGCCUACAAAGGCCUCCUUAUGCUCUUCGGAUGUUUCUUGGCCUGGGAGACCAGAAACGUGAGCAUUCCAGCCCUGAACGACAGCAAGUACAUUGGUAUGAGUGUGUAUAAUGUGGGCAUCAUGUGUAUCAUUGGAGCAGCGGUGUCCUUCCUGACCCGGGAUCAGCCUAAUGUGCAGUUCUGCAUCGUGGCACUGGUCAUCAUCUUCUGCAGCACCAUCACGCUGUGUCUGGUUUUUGUGCCAAAAUUUGUCACAAUGCGCACAAACCCGGAUGCUGCCACACAGAACCGGAGGUUAAAGUUCACCCAAAACCAGAAGAAGGAAGAUUCCAAGACGUCCACCUCAGUAACCAGUGUAAACCAGGCCAACACUUGCCGUCUUGACGGAUUGCAGUCAGACAACCACCGCCUCCGAAUGAAAAUUACAGAGCUGGAUAAGGAACUGGAAGAGGUUACCAUGCAACUCCAGGACACUCCAGAAAAGACUCCAUACAUUAAACAAAACCACUACCAAGAUGUCAACAAUAUCCUGAGCAUACGCAACUUCACUGACGGCAAAGAUGGAGAGAAAUCUCUGAAGAACCACUUAGAGCAGAAACCCCAGGCUCAGUGGGGAUCCAUGGAUCCUUCAAGGAUAAGCAGAGGUCAACUAGAAGACAUCAACUCACCAGAACACAUACAGCGCAGGCUGUCCCUGCAGCUGCCUAUCCUGCAUCACGCCUAUCUGCCCUCCAUAGGAGGGGUGGACGCGAGCUGCAGCAGUCCCACGAGCAGCCCGGCCUCCAGCCCACACCACAGACACAUGCCCCCCUCCUACAGGGUCAUGGUGUCCGGCCUGUGAGGACCACCGCCUGCCCUGCACUCCGAGGAAGCGAUCAGCUUUUUUAUUUUAAGACAGACUGAGCAAUAUCAGCGGUUAACAGAAGCGUGUGAGCGACCCAGGGGGUUCCAACUCUUCAUGCAUUCGUGACCCCCCCCCUCCCACCAUCCAUGGCCACAUCAGAACAGAACUGAUCUUUCAGGCUAGGAGGGAGGUGACCGGAGGUCCUCACAUGGCAACCCAACCCAGACUCCCAUCCUCUCGGUCCUGUCACCUCCCGUUCCUAACUAGAUGGACUCAAUGCCCCCUAAAACAGCAGUGCGGCUCAACGCAGGACAGGAGCUAAAGCCUUACCUGAAUAAAAGAGACGCUUCCACCAGCAGCCUUUCCACGAUAUCCGUGCACAUCGGUUCUGCUGGAACUUGCGGGAAAUGUGCAGCAUAUGUGACCGAGGACUCCACCUCUUUAUUCACCACAUCAACAGCCAUGUAAAUACCAUAUUCGAACAUCAAAGUGAGCUUUGAGUAUGCUGUGAAAUGAAUUGUUCUGAUGAUGCCUGGUGCUCGGAGAACUUUACAAAGUCAACGAACCAGGAAGAGACAUGUACGCUGUUGCAACGGGUAUGAAUUUGUUGUAUUGCUUCAGUGUCCCAAUGAUGUGAAAAAGUGGUUAAUGGUAAAGAAGACUAUUAGCAUCUCAAUUUUUUCUAAAACAACAAGGGAGUGUUUGAGGGUAACGUGGGCCAACUCACCUGGAUAGAUGUGUACCGCACAUUGUUUUUCUUUAAAAACAGCUAGCAUCAUGUAGGCCUGUCAAGGUAUCGAAAGUACUACUUUGAUUUAUCGUAAGUAAUGUCACGUAAGAGGUUGCACUCGUGCAUCCUCAAAGAGCCACAGGUCCAGCCAAGAGGUACAGAGACAAAAUGGGCGUUUUUAGAGGGUCAGUCUUCCAUUACAGCCGAGCGAGUUGAUCCUGCAUAUCGGGACUGAAACACGCAGAUGCAGCCCUAUGCUUGGGAUGUACGAUAGCCGUCACGUGACCGGCUGUUACAGAACAAGAAGACUCACAAAUUGCGAUAAUAACAGGGAAGGGGUACUCCACGCGGAGCAAAACCAAAAUAUCCUCACAGAAAGCUGCGAGGUUACACAAAAGAAAUGGUCCACACAGCAAGACAAAAGAACGAUAUUGUAUUAAACAGCAGGACUGAAAAAUUAGCACAAGUGUAAUUAACUUAAUAAGAGCAAGUCACGUAUGAACAAAGCCUCAUUUUGACUUUGCGGAGCGGUCUCUUAGUUUACCCGCCCUCUGUUUAUUUCUUGCCUUUUUUGUUUGUUUUUGUUGAUUAAAAACCCAACAUGUUUGUGAAUCCUCUAUGGUUGUAGCUUGGGGUAAAAGGGCUUGGGUGGAGGGCACACGUUUGCCCGUUCCAGGGGAGAAAUGGCAGAAAGGUCCGCAGUCCCUAGUAUCAAAGUGACAUUGUGAAAUACAUCAUCUAGCUCUUAGCAACAGUGAAAUGACCUCAUAGUUGCUUUAGAAAUGUUACGGUGUACAGUUAACUUUGCACAAUGUCUUACAGAAAUAGGGAACAUCAGCUAGAGCUGGUGGAAAUAUGAAUUAUUGGAAAUAAGCUACGUUUCAUCCAUAUUAAAGGCAAGAGUUUGUUUCUGCUGAUAUCUCACCGUCUGUGUCUUGGUUAUAGUUUCUGUCAGAUUUGUUACUGUAACGUGUGUGUCUUACUGGAGCCUGAUGGACCGAAUUGUGUCAACUGGGUGACAGAAACAGUGACUGCACAUAUGAUCCAUAUGAAGCCAAUGCAUCGAGAAUUUCUUUAACUUGUGAAUUCCUUCCGUAUGUCUGUUAUCUAGUGAUAACGCAAUAUUCAUGGAUAUAUAGUUUAAACUUUUGGUGAAUGCAGGAGGAGAUUGAAAAACAACAGAGGUGCAUUUACUAACAGCAGUUGUCAUAGUACCGCACGCUCACUAAUAAAUCCCGAUAACAAAGACCUUUAAAUACAACACAAACAGAUACGCAAAAAUCCCACAAUGCCACGGCAGACUGUCUUAGUACGACGGCCACAACCUAGACUGACUACUAAUUUCAAAUGCACAAUGAGUUUUUCAGUACAGGGUGGCAAUUGUCUACAUUUUGACUACAAUCAGCUCUUAUUUCCAAGUUCAUUUGAACAUUGUUUAUUCUUCAAUGUUUUUAUAUGUUGUUUGGCAUGUUCAGCAGUCAGUAUCCAACAAUAUGAAACGUCUUUGUCACACGUGAACACCACAUUUCAUGUCCAAUAUUAGAGUAAAAAAUAAAUACAAAUUUAAAGAUCAACACCACAGAAAAUGAUGUAUAUUGUACAUGAAAAAUCAAGAUAUCCAGUUUAUAAGCAUACUGACUUUAUAUGUUCAUUGUUUCUCAUUGCCCCUUAACCUCCUGUUAGAAUGUAUGGUAAUGAUCUACAAUAAUGUUAAUUAAUAUAUCAUUAACAAUCAUAUGAUGCUUAAGAUUAAUUCAUUCACAUUGAAAAAAAACUGUAUAUGUACUGACAUCAUUUGAUGAUCUGUCUUGUAUAAUGUCCUUAAAAGUUUGUAACAUAAUCAUAAAUGUAUACGUUUAUGGAGAGAUAGAGGGUAAUAAGCAACAAUGAAAAUGAAGAGUUAGAAUUCAGCUCAGAGAAUCAGUAGAAGUAAAAGGGCUAGCUCAUAUUUACAUAUUGUAUUUAAUUUACAAACGUACAUACAGUAUAUGGCAUAACUGACAUGUAUUACAUUGCAACCUUUUACAAACAGAUUCAAUAAACGCAUUAUUUCAUACAACUUAACGUCAUCAAAUAGGCAGAUACCGAAAUCCACUGGUCACACUUGAUCUACGAAGCUGCGGAUUACUGUGGUUUUAAACUUCCAGGCAUAAACACGGACUUUAGGAAAAUAAUCAUCAUCAUCAUCCAAAGGAGCAACUCAAAUAUCUAUUUUAAAGAAGUGUCUUUUAGACUGAGUUCAAGUGAAUGGGAUGUUUACAAGUUAUCUGCUCAAGGAGAGGGCAUGAUCAUUACUUUUAAAUCAUAAUGAAGACCAUAAUAUUAAUUAGUCCAGCCUACAUAAGCCUGAUGAAAUGUAAUUAUUAACAAGAGAUUAUCAAGAGAUUAUAAAAACUUUAUUCAGAGCAGUCAUAUGGUAAAUUAUGUAUACAUAUAGAAUGUAUGAGAUUUAUAAAAAAAAAUACUUAUUUUUUAAUCUUUCAUGCAUGGUAUCCUAUGCAUACAUUAUAGAUUUAAUCUUGGAAAUAAUUUUACUCAAUCAUGUCUGACAAAUGCACAAAAUGAUUAUGAAAGUGGUAAUAAGCUCAUUCUAACUGUGUAGAUAAGUAUAUUUACAGUAUGUUUUUGAUGGUGCAUUAAGCUGGAAGGCAGAAUCAUAUCUGAAAUAUGUUUUACACUACCUGUACUUUUGAUGUAUAGUUACGACACUAAUGUUGACAUUGCACAGGAACACAUCAGUCAUGGGGAUCAUGCUCCUCAGUACAAUCCUAACUUCUUUCUUACACUUUGUGUACUAAAGUGUACUAAAAACAAAUGGGAAGACAUUCAGAGUGUGCCAUGCACCACAUACUGGAAAGGUAAACACUGGUCCGUCUAUGUGUUCAUGUCAUUACUGUUGGUUAUGGGAAAAGUGAAUUUAUGACGUAGUCUCAUUUUAAGGAAAUCACAAGAAAAACACAAAAACUGAAUAAAGAUCAAGGUAGUGCUUCAUAUGAUGUUCAUCAUAUGAAAUAAUUUUACUCAAUCAUGUCUGACAAAUGCACAAAAUGAUUAUGAAAGUGGUAAUAAGCUCAUUCUAACUGUGUAGAUAAGUAUAUUUACAGUAUGUUUUUGAUGGUGCAUUAAGCUGGAAGGCAGAAUCAUAUCUGAAAUAUGUUUUACACUACCUGUACUUUUGAUGUAUAGUUACGACACUAAUGUUGACAUUGCACAGGAACACAUCAGUCAUGGGGAUCAUGCUCCUCAGUACAAUCCUAAAUUCUUUCUUACACUUUGUGUACUAAAGUGUACUAAAAACAAAUGGGAAGACAUUCAGAGUGUGCCAUGCACCACAUACUGGAAAGGUAAACACUGGUCCGUCUAUGUGUUCAUGUCAUUACUGUUGGUUAUGGGAAAAGUGAAUUUAUGACGUAGUCUCAUUUUAAGGAAAUCACAAGAAAAACACAAAAACUGAAUAAAGAUCAAGGUAGUGCUUCAUAUGAUGUUCUAUUAUGUUGAUUCAAAUCACUCUGUGUGCAUGUGUUUGUGAGCCAAGCGAGACAUAAGGUUAAUCCUCUAACAAGUUGCUUUUGAAAAUGUAUCAUGGUCUGUGGAAUGCAAAUCUGGUUGUUUAGGACCGUCUUGGCAAUAACCUUUGGAAAUGAAGUCAAGUGCUGAUUUGUUGGACAUUUAAAUCCGUGACGUCAACUAAAAACUGAAAAAAAUCUAAAUGUUGUGUUCUUCUAUAGCAAGAAAACACUCAUUUGUGCAAUGAGAUUCAUGAAUACAGACUACAAGAUUUGGGAAAACUGUUGGGCUGGACUCGAUGCGUAUUCUGGUGUGAACUGGUCUAUCUUUGCAUCAUGUAACAAACAAUAGCAAGGCCUUGUCAUCACCCCAGGAGAAUGAACAACCACUCAUAAUGUAUAUAAUGUAAACAAACUUAUUUUUUCUGUAGAGGUAUAAUACAAUGAUAGUGGGGGAUGUUACAAAAAAAAAGACAGAAUGUUAGCAGUGAGCGUGUAUGUCUGUUUGCCACUGUGUGAAAACGUGCUGUCUACAAGUUUACACAUCACUAUACAAGCUAUUUAUUCUGUGCUGGAAGACUUACUGCUCUUUCUUUUUUUUUUUUUUUUUGGUCUUUUUGCUUUAUUUUAUUUUGUUUCUUGAAGUUUUCAUCUCUUUUGAGUUCACAAAACUCAUCACUGCCCAUCAAAAACAAAAAAAAGAGGAACUCCACAACUGUGUUGUUUUUCUAUACAGUGCUUUUUGGAAGUGUACACUUGUGUGCUCCACUGCUGUAUCGUCCCGUGUGUCUGCACUGGCACACACACAGACACACAGGAGCCCUUGAACAAAUCAAAGUGGAUGUGUUCAUUUCAUAUUUCUUGUACCCUUAAACUGCAUGGAAAUCAUAACAUUUUUAAUAAAUUAUUGCAAAAAAAAAAUUUGUUUUAUUAAUAAAAUAAUUAAAAUUA